AUGGCUUUGAUUAUUAUUAGAUACAUUGAUCCGCCUGUCGUAAACCCUGUUCCCGAGAAGGCUCCCAAGAAAGCAGCUUCCAAAACUGUUGUACAGAAGUAUAAAGCCCCGGAAGCGAGUUCUGAACUCUUUGGAGUGAAGGGUCUAGAAAAAAACAUUGAGAUGCUUCUCCCCAAGUCCGAAAGUGAUUUUUUGGAAUAUGCUAAAACUAUUUCUCAUGGCCUUAAACCAUUUGAGAAAAGUUAUCACUAUAUUGCACUACUCAAAACAAUCAUGAGACUUUCAAUGACCAACAUGAAAGCAGCAGAUACUGAAGAUGUCGCUUCGUCAAUUACAGCGAUAGCAAAUGAAAUACUUAAGGCAGAGAAACAAGCUGUUGCGGGUAAAAAGAAGAUGGGUGGAAAGAAGAAACAACCUAUUGUAGAUAAGCCCGAUGAUAAUCUAGUGGCUGGUCCUUAUGGUCCCAUGGACGAUUACGACUACAUGUAG